AUGAAUACUCCCACAGUAUGGCGUCCAGCUCGCAUGCUCCAAGAGGAAUCACCUGACCGUGACUUUGCUCUCAUCAUCUUAAACCAACCCUUGAAUGAUGUCCAGACCCUUGGAAGACUCUGGCAAAAUUCAUCAUUACGGAUUGCCGCGGAUGGAGGAGCCAACCGUCUAUGCGAUUUGCAACAACGAGAAGGCCAAGAGACAAAGGGCGGUGACGCCCCAAAUUUUAACGACCUGGACGUCAUUAUAGGAGAUUUGGACUCACUUAGUGACUCGGUACGAGCACACUUUGAAAAGGUCAACCCUUCUAUAAAGAUUAUCACAGUAAAAGACCAAUAUAGCACAGACUUUUCCAAGGCGGUUUCUCAUGCUCGUGCCAGCGCUGAAGCCGGCGACAAGGAUAUAGUAGCCAUGGGCGGCCUCGGUGGGCGCGUCGAUCAGGGUCUGAGCCAAAUCCAUCAUCUCUACCUUUUCCAAACGUCGCCGACCUAUGCCAAGGGCAAGAUGUACCUCGUCAGCGGUGAAAGUCUAACUUUCCUCCUCAAGGCGGGAUCCCACCAGAUUCACGUGCGUGAACCGAGAUGCAAUGGUAAUGCAGGGGCGGCACCCGAGGAGAUAUUUGCAAAAUAUGCUGGAAUUAUACCCGUCAAGGAGCCUAGCGUCAUUACUCUGAAAGGUUUCGAAUGGGACGUGACGGAUUGGCCAACAGAAUUCGGUGGCCAGAUGAGCACGAGUAACCAUGUAUUGCCGGAAAGUCAGGUUGUGGAGGUUACAACAAGCAAAGAUGUCUUGUUCACAAUUGCAUUGAAUGGGCGAGAUGGCAGAGGUUGA